UUUCGAAAAUAUGUAAAAAGCGUUUCCAUGCUGAUUGUACCAUGAAUCGUUAUAUUACACUGACCCAACUGGGUGAUGGAACCUAUGGAACUGUUGUAUUGGGACAGCGUAAGGACACAGGCGAAAAGGUGGCUAUAAAGCGAAUGAAAAGAAAAUAUUAUUCGUGGGAGGAGGCGAUGAAUUUGCGUGAAGUGAAGUCGCUAAAGAAACUAUCGCAUCCGAAUAUUGUAAAGCUCAAGGAGGUGAUCAGAGAGAACGACACCCUGUAUUUUGUAUUUGAAUAUAUGAAGGAGAAUCUGUAUCAAAUGAUUAAGGAUCGUGAUACACACUUACCGGAACCGGAGCUAAAAAGUAUUCUCUUUCAGGUUUUGACGGGUUUGGCUUUUAUGCAUCGUCACGGGUUUUUUCAUCGGGAUUUAAAGCCGGAAAACUUGUUGUGCUCGGGCCCCGAGCUCAUCAAGAUUGCCGACUUUGGACUUGCACGGGAAAUACGAUCGCGACCGCCUUUUACGGAUUAUGUAUCCACGCGUUGGUACCGUGCUCCCGAGGUGUUGUUGCAUUCAACGAAUUAUGGCAGUACCAUUGAUCUCUGGGCCAUGGGCUGUAUUAUGGCCGAGUUGUACACCUUUCGACCGCUUUUUCCAGGCAGCAGUGAGGUGGAUCAGUUGUUUAAGAUAUGCUCUGUUUUGGGAACACCCGGCAAGAGUGACUGGCCAGAUGGAUAUCGGCUGGCGGCAAUGAUACAUUUUCGUUAUCCCGAUUGCAUCAAGGUGCCACUGAGCAGCGUUGUGAGCCGUUGCAGCCAAAAUGGGCUGGAUUUGCUGGAGGAUCUGCUGGCCUACGAUCCGGAUAAACGGCCAACGGCACAGCAAAGCCUCAAGUAUCCAUAUUUCCAUGCACUGAAGCGCAUCUCACCCACGGCGGCAACAAAGGCGAAUGUGAAGCUGAGCUCCAAGUAUGGAUCCUCGUCGAAUGGUAUUGGUGCCGAUCAUCUUGUGCUACCUCCCACUGUGUCAAAUAAUGUGCUUCCGGUGCAGGAGAAGCUGCAAGCCGUGACUGAGCUCAUACAUCACAGCAACAACAACAAUAACAACAACAACACGAAUAACAACAACACGAGCAACAACAAUGCGAAUAACAACAACAAAAGUCAAGGGAAAGCAUUGUUUAAUAAUAAAAAUGUGAGCAUGCCAAUGAAAUAUCAGCCAAAGCUGAGCUUCCUCUCCAGCAAUGAAAUGUCCAGCGUGAUUGUGCCGCCCACCACCGACUCGAACGGCAUGGGCGUGGCCAUGCAGGCUCCGCCUCCACAGCAACCACAACAACAACAACAACAUCUGUCGGGCAAAGAGUCCAUCAAUGAUAUUUAUCUCAAUCGCAACAUUUCGCAGCUUUUUGGUUUACCAGCACCACUGCAACCACAACAGCAAUCACAGCAACAACACCAUCCCAAUGUCUCCUUCAGCAACACUUCGACCCGCAACGGUGGCGCCAUCUACGUCAACGGUAGUCAAUUGAACUAUGAUACGGCCAAUAAGAACGCCAAGAACAACGGCAGAUUGGGGAUUCCCCUUGGUGGCUACUACGUGCAGACGCGAUCCACUCAACUGCAACCCGAUGCCAAGGUCUACAACAUGUUCUCCAAGGUCAGCGCCUCUCAGGCGCCGCCAAACAUCAUAGUUCGACAACAGCAACAACAGCAACAACAACAGCAGCAACAACUCCCACAUCCUUUCGAUUCCACAUCCUUGCUCAAUGGUGCUGCUAUUCGACUGUCGGCGCGGUCGCAGGCGGAACCAGCGGAGACGAGGGGAAGCUCAAUGAAAGUGGACGAUCUGGAUCGCAUUCUGGGUUCGAAGUUGAAAACGUCGGCGAAACGACAACGCAACGCCAAGUCGAACAUCCUGCUGGAGGAUCUGUUUGGGCAUCUGUCCAUGGACUCCGACAGCGAUGGCAAGUAUCCGCAUACAGUGCCACCCACGCAGCAGGCGAAGAGUGGACAAACGACGACAAGCUCCCAAAAUGGACGCGACUUCUUCAGCGAGAAGUUCAAGCGAGCGUCCAAAAAGAAAAGUCCCAACAGCCUGGAGGCGAAUAAUGGAAGUAGAACGGACUCGAUGUCCACAAAUGCGUAAGUAGAGAGAGCUGAGAAGGCAGCAACAUUUCCCUGGGAUGAGACGAACAAGACGGAGGAUGAGAAGCUAACAGCCUGGAUGGUCGCAGAGAAUGGAUCUUUGUUGGAAAACAAGUUUUGAAACGGAAAUAUCAUUAAUGUCGUCGUACCUGAAACCUCUGAAACCCUUGCGAGUAAAAAUAGAUUUCAACUAUUUUUCAUCACGAGCCCUUCUAUGUUUUCGUUGAACUGAUUGCAUAUGUACUAAAUGACUCUUCAUGAUCUUGUAAAUUAACGUAAGCUUAAGUCUAAUUAGAUGUGUUUAUGAAAUCCAUUAAU